CAGGAUCACCUUAAAGGAAGUGAAACACUACACCACAGGUCAGUAGUAGGAAAUGAUACCCACCACCACACCAGACAUACAUUUUGUGUCUCCUCCUCACGCAGCCCUGUGUUGGACAGCUGUUGUUCUCUGACACAAGUGUAAUCCAGCAGAAAAGUUUCCUCCACAAUGUCGGACACAGCCGACCCCAUCGCACGCAAAGAGAUGCAGUACGUUCCUGACUCUGAUGUGUCCUCACCACCACCGUCAUACUCCUACCAAGGGCAGCAACCUCCACCCUACUCUGCAGCCCCAGAUAUGUACUAUCCACCAAAAGCGGAGACGACUUGCAUCUCUCAGCCCGGCACUGCGUAUGAGUCGUUCAGCGACAUUAGCCCAGACGCCCCGUCAGACACGACUCCCCUCAUAGCCUCGUCUGCUUUUGAUGACAAGACAGUGAGAAGAGCGUUUGUUAGAAAGGUGUUCUGCAUCCUGACUGUCCAGCUGCUGUUCACCUUCAGUGUGGUGUGUGUGUUCACCUUCUCCAGCGUGGUCAAAGACGCGGUGCAGACCAACCUGUGGGCCUACCUGAGCUCUUUCUUCAUCUUUGCUGUGGUGGCCAUCACCCUCAGCUGCUGCAAGUCCUUCAGUCGCCGUCACCCGUGGAACAUUGUGGGACUGGUUGUGGUCACUCUGAGCUUGUCGUACAUGGUGGGAACCAUCGCCUCCUUCCACAACACCACUGCUGUGGUCAUCACUAUGGGAACAACGCUGGCGAUUUCUCUGGCAAUCAUUGCUUUCUCAGCACAGACUCGUUAUGAUUUCACUAUUUGUUAUUGGUUAUUGCUGAUCCUGGCUGUGGACCUGAUCAUGUUUGGAUUCUUCUGCACCUUCUACUACUCAUACAUCACUGAUAUCCUCUACGGAUGUCUGGGAGCUCUGCUGUAUUCACUGUUUCUGAUGGUCGACUGUCAGCUGAUGAUGGGGAUGAUGAGCUACCGUCUGGAUCCUGAGGAAUACAUCAACGCUGCUCUCAUGAUCUACCUCGACAUAGUCCUCAUCUUCCUCUACCUACUGGGGAGGAGGUGAAACUGUACACACAUGUAGACACAAACAGACCAAACUGUACUCAUAAUGAAAAUGUCCUUUAUUAUUAUUAUUAUUAUUAUCAUGUAACUGCAUCCUGAUUUAAUUGACAAACAAUGAAUAAAUUAUUAUCAGUGUUUA